GGAGUCCUGAUGAAGGCAGACAUUGAGGGAGAGAUCAGAGUGAAGUGUUACAUGCCAAGCUGCUCAGGUGAGCUUUCUUCUUUAAAGUCUUAAUUUUGAAUGAUGUGCUGUCAGAGGCAAGUACAACCUUAAAUAGGUUCUGAAUCUUCCAUGCCUAACCAUUUUACAUUCUCAAAUUCUCCUUUCUCCUCACUUUCUCCCCCUUUCCUCCUCUUCUCUGAAAACGAACUGUUAUUGGCAGAGAGGUUUGGAACUCUUUCUUAUUGGUUUAUUAAAUAAUUUACUGCUUGGUGAUGUCAACAGGCAGGCCAAAACUCCAUCCCAUCAAAACAGGCUGAAAUUACAGGAGGUCAUUUCAAACAGCUCUUACACUAAAAGGGCGUUAUCAUCAUUUUCACAAUUUCACAGUAUUGUUCCAACCUCAGUGUGGAGAUGUAUAUAAAACUCAGGAAAAUCACGUUUGACUGCACUGGGCCUUUAAAACAUAUCAUUCCCUGCCACAGCAUUAAUUGUCAUAAUGGAUGUUAUUGACCUUUAGUUGUACUCUCAACCUUAUUGUGGAAGAGCACAGUCACAUCUCCCACUGACAUCAAGGCAUUACACACAAGUCUGUGUUAUCUGCUCUUUCCUCUCUGCUCUCAGGCUAUGGGGCAGCUGUUCAUGUGGAUGAGUGCAGCUUCCACCAGGCUGUCAGGCUGGAUGAGUUUGACACCUACAGAAUCCUGAAAUUGUGUCCCAGCCAAGGAGAGGUGCUCAUGGAAUUCACUCAAUCACACACACACACACUACACCAAGACUUGUAUCUCACUGUUACAUAAACAAAUGUAUUCUCUCUCAAAGUUUUUCACACACACUUUUUCGCUCUCUAGCAAAUAGUGAUGACCUGCCCACAGUCCCUCCAUUCCGUAUUUUCCCUUCUAUAGAGAGGGACAGUGGUGGCAGGUACAGAACCCCUCAUCAUUCAGAACACUGUUCAUUCCUUUUGGGUAGAGAACCCUUUACCAGAACCAUCUCAUAUGGUAUAACACACAGAUUUCACUUCCUCUUACUAAUGAUGACAACUGUCAUUUUAACUUCCCCAUUUUACUAACUUGAGUGUUGGGAAAUCAAGUCUUUAAACAUCCCAACCACCACCCUCAACACACACUUGCUCUUUCCUGUAGGUUAUUGAUGUACUUGAAGCUGCGGCGUGACCUGCCCCCAAAGAGGUCAGUCCUCCAAUAACAGGGAAUGCUGAUAUGCAUGUACAUUAUGUUGAGAAUGUAGAGUUUGCAUGUAGCAUAUGUGGUAGUCAUUGAACACUUGAUAAUACUUUAUGAUGUACUUUAUAAUAGUUAAAUGUAGUCUGUCAGUGUGAUUAUCCUUGCCUUCUCUGAUUGGACUGCAACGUAGGUCACUCUUUGUCAAGGAAGCAAUCUCUUCUCUUUUACAGCGCUGCUAUUAAUGUUUAUAUUACAAUACCGGUCCCCAAGGGCUCGCUUAGGUGAGGAGAAACUCCUUUCUCUAUCUCAUGUUCCCUCCAUCCUUCUCCCGGUCUCUCACCAUGUGUACCCCCUCAGUACAUAACAACCUCCCGCUCCUCGCUCUCUCCAUCUCUUCUCACCCUCUUUGUUUUCCAGUCUCUCUCAGGAGUUGAGAAGCCCGGACCAGAGUGCUGAACUGCAGCCAAAAAACAAGGCUGUUCACUGGGAGAAUCUCACUUCCCAGGGGGUGCCCAGCUCUCCGCCCUGUUCAAGGUGACUAAACAUUAUCAGCACAAUAGCAGAUAGCAGGUACUGGUAGUGUGAGGGUAUAAUAGGUCAGUUUCAGUGACGCUGAUGUCAGGAAAUCAGGAAUGUCUUAUCAUUGAGGAAGAAUCAUAUCUCUGCAUACUUGUUUGCUAUAGAUCAGAUAGAUUGUAGAUCAGAUCGUUAGCUAUAGAUCAGGUUCUCAAAAGCCAUUAGCCAUUUGCAGGUCGCAUAGAGCAAUGAGGCAUAUGCAGACAGCAUUAUAUGAUUAACAUACUUCAGUGGAAACUUAGCAAGUGCAAAAUAAUCCUGUUGUUCAAGGUACAUUAUUUGACCCUAAUAGACAUGUAAUAGAUAGACAACUAUGCAAAUGAUUGACCAACAUGCUGAGCACUUCCUCUCUCCCUGUACAUUCAGCUGGAGGUCCCUGGCCUUAGCUCUGCCUCAUUACAGGAAGUAGGACCAGUCAGUCUGAGCUUUGAGCUGCUUAAGUACACCUGCACAGGACUGCAAAUUAGAUUCCUCCGCCUGUCCCCGAUACAGCCUGGACCAUUGUAA